AUGAGUAUUUUAAUUUAUAGGUCAAUCGGACUAUGUCCCCUCCAAGUCCCAAACCUCUCACCUUAUGCGAUACUGCAUUCCAGUCCUAAAUGGAUUAAGAAUUAUUCGAGAAUUAGGGUUUCAAUAUCUUCGUUUCGCGGGGAGAUGGCUCGGCAGAUGACGUCUUCUGCUUUCCACAAAUCCAAGACCCUCGACAACAAAUACAUGCUUGGAGAUGAAAUUGGGAAAGGAGCUUAUGGAAGAGUGUACAAGGGUUUGGACUUGGAGAAUGGAGAUUUUGUGGCAAUCAAGCAAGUCUCUCUCGAGAACAUUGCUCAGGAGGAUCUUAACAUUAUUAUGCAAGAGAUCGAUUUGCUAAAGAAUUUGAAUCAUAAGAAUAUCGUGAAAUAUCUUGGAUCGUUGAAGACCAAAAGUCAUCUUCACAUUAUACUUGAGUAUGUGGAGAAUGGUUCGCUUGCAAACAUUAUUAAACCAAACAAGUUUGGCCCUUUUCCAGAGUCCUUGGUGGCUCUCUAUAUAUCCCAGGUAUUGGAAGGUCUGGUAUAUCUACACGAACAAGGUGUAAUUCAUCGAGACAUCAAGGGGGCAAAUAUUCUGACGACAAAAGAGGGACUUGUGAAACUUGCAGACUUCGGAGUUGCGACAAAACUAACUGAGGCAGAUGUUAAUACACAUUCUGUUGUUGGAACGCCUUAUUGGAUGGCCCCUGAGGGAAUGCUGGUUUAUUUUUCAUGCAUGCUUGCUUCUAUUCUGUUGGGGAACAAGAAUUUUGCUGUAUUGUGUAAUAUGUCUCGGCACGAGAAAUACUUGAUCGUGCAUAUUAGACCAGUCAUUGAAAUGUCAGGAGUUUGUGCCGCAUCUGAUAUUUGGAGUGUCGGAUGCACGGUGAUUGAACUUCUCACGUGUGUUCCUCCAUAUUAUGAUCUGCAGCCCAUGCCUGCCUUGUUUAGGAUUGUACAGGAUGAGCAUCCUCCAAUUCCAGAUAGUUUAUCUCCAGCUAUCACUGAUUUCCUGCGUCAGUGCUUUAAAAAGGUAAGGCGUAAAUUGAAUCUCCUGCCAGAUUCACAUCACCAAACCUGCAAUUGCCUUCGCUGCCCCAUAUUGCUCAUCCAAAUUGCCUCCCUUACGCCCCGAGUACAGUCUUGCUCGACUCUCUCGACUUUGGCUCCCUUCUUCUUCCCAGAUCCGGACCUUCCCAGAGUCCGGUUAGUGCCGGCGUGCUUUAGAGCGACGAUCGGGAGGAUCAAGGGCGUAGAGCGAUUAGGGUUAGAAUUGGGGAAAUCGCAAGAUGCUCGGCAGAGGCCUGACGCAAAGACGUUACUUUCACACCCUUGGAUCCAAAACUCAAGGCGCGCGCUGCAGACUUCUUUACGUCAUAGUGGAACACUAAAGUAUAGCACCACUGAUUCUAUUUCUGUCUUUACACUAGUUAUCCACCUGAUUAAAUUAGUUGAUCUGUGCUACACGAUACCUAUUCUCUUCUUUGCUGCUCUCUUGCCAUCCCAGAAUAAUGCAACUUCCCUUAAUCAGAACAUGGAGGAGGUUGGUUCAGGGGAUGCUGCUUCAAGCAGUAGUGGGAAAGGGCGUACUGUGGAGACAUCUUCUACUGAGAAAUCUAGCACUGCCAACCGGGCUGGGCCGGUGGGCUGGCUUAAAACUUGUUGGUGCCUGACUGCCUUGUUUAUAGUUUGUGGCCUGUGGAUCCCAGUGCCAAUUAGGCACGUGGCUAAAUGGGCUGCGAGAAUGACGGGCCAAAUCUGCCCAUUUCCACAGUUUUACGGACAGGCCUCAGCCCCGUUUUCACAGGGUGAUUUUAUCAAAUCAUGCUAUAUAUUAGAAGUGUAUUCAUGGUAUCAGGAAUGUAGAACGGAGCUGGUAUCCUCGGAAACUUCGGAGACUGUCGAAUCUUCUGAGGAUGGUGGUUUUAAAGCUAAUCUUAUUGAGGGAAGUAAGGAUGAUCUAGAGGGAGAUGUGAUUUCUGAUCAGAUUCCCACAUUUGCAAUCCAUGAAAAGUCACCCUUGCAGCCCAGCUCAGAUGGACUUGAGGCAUCACUUUCGGAUUCUACUGAACACAAGCCAUCAAGAGUACCACUGCAGGACGAAGUGCUUAUAAAUGGUGAAAUGGAGCCUGCUGAGGCUGCAGAGAGAGAUUUUGUAGCUAGAAAGUUUGAUAAGAACGGAAGUUCAAUUACCAUCCAGCAUGGCAAAACUCAUUUUAAUCAAAAGAGCCACGACUUUAGUACACAGAAGGAUGUGGAAGCAUCAAUGGGUUCAGGAACAAAUGAGCUUAGUAGGUUCAGUGACCCUCCAGGUGAUGCAUCUUUGGAUGAUUUAUUUCACCCAUUGGAGAAUCUGGAGGACCAUGGUGCUGAAGCUUCCACUUCUGCAUCUACUUCACAUGCAAUUCAUGGGAAUUCAGUCUCUGAUAAUGGAAAGAAUGACCUGGCGACAAAAUUAAGGGCUACAAUAGCUCAAAAGCAGAUGGAGAAUGAAUCAGCCCAGACCAAUGGUGGCGAUCUACUUCGUUUAAUGAUGGGUGUUAUAAAGAAAGAUGUAAUUGAUAUUGAUACUCUGGGAUUUGAAGAUAAAUUGCCUGCGGAGAAUCUCUUUCAUCUUCAGGCUGUUGAAUUUGGAAAAUUAGUGUCAUCACUGAGGCCAGAUGAACCAGAAGAUGUGAUUGUAUCUUCCUGUCAGAAAUUGACUACAUUUUUUCAUCAGCGACCAGAACAGAAAAUUGUAUUCAUUACACAGCAUGGUUUGCUACCUUUAUUGGAACUACUUGAGGUUCCAAGGCCUCGUAUCAUAUGCUCAGUGCUUCAGGUUCUAAACCAAAUAAUCAAAGAUAACACCGAUUUUCAGGAGAAUGCUUGUCUAGUCGGUCUUAUUCCUGUAGUGAUGAGCUUUGCAGUACAUGAUCGUCCUCGCGAGGUACGCAUGGAAGCAGCAUAUUUUGUACAGCAACUCUGCCAAUCAAGCUCUUCAACGCUACAAAUGUUUAUUGCAUGUCGUGGUAUACCCAUCCUGGUGGGCUUUAUGGAGCCUGAUUAUGCCAAAUAUAGGGAAAUGGUUCACAUGGCUAUCGAUGGGAUGUGGCAAGUUUUCAAGCUACAGAAGUCCACCUCGAGAGAUGAUUUUUUCCGUAUAGCUGCCAAGAAUGGGAUUUUACUUAGACUUAUUAACACACUCUACAGCUUAAAUGAGGCUACCCGAUUAGCUUCUAUAGCUUCUGGGAGUGGGUUCCCUCCAGAUGGUUCAGCUCCCCGUCCAAGGUCUGAUCCUCUGGAUUUUAGCAGUCCAUUUGUACAGAUGGAUUCCUCACUUUAUGGAAACGACCAACCUGAUCAACUUAAGGUUAGACAAGGAGACCAAGAAGCUUCACGAGCAUCUGUAUCACAUUCGCCUGAGUCGAGAUUUCUCUUUCCAAAUGUUGAGGCGUCAAGUGCUUCAAGAGUGAUGGAUCCUGCAUCUUUGGAGAGAAUAUCCAAUAUGGCUGUAAAGGAUUAUGCUUCAGCCGUUCCCAGAGACCGGGAAAAUGCAGACAGAUGGAAGAAUGAAUCUUCUAGAGCUGAAGUUGAGCUAAAACAGCAAAAAGUUGUAAAUGCAACAAAUAGGCCAUCCACGGAUAGGGCUCCGAAAUCUGUGGACAUGACAACAAAUGGUUCAUCUGCUUAUACUGGAAGCCAGCAAGAGAACGUUCGACCCCUGCUGAGUUUAUUGGAUAAAGAACCACCAUCAUCCCAUUUCUCUGGCCAGCUUGAGUAUGUACGUCAUCUCACAGGAGUGGAAAAACAUGAAACCAUUUUACCUCUUCUGCAUGCAUCUAAUGACAGGAAGACAAAUGGACUUGAUUUUUUGAUGGCUCAGUUUGCAGAGGUUACCGGACGAGGAAGGGAAGCUUCUAAUGUGGAUUCAUUGCCUAAAAGUUCACCAAAAGCAGCUAAUAAGAAAAUGGUUAAUCUGGCAUCCAAUGGAGGAAUUGUUGCCGCUUCUGGACUUGCAUCUCAGAGAGCAUCAGGUGUGCUGUCUGGUUCAGGGGUUCUAAAUGCUAGACCAGGGAGUGCGACAUCAUCUGGGCUGCUUUCCAAUAUGGUGUCUCCCUGGAAUGUUGAUGUUGCUCGGGAAUAUCUCGAAAAAGUUGCCGACCUUCUACUUGAGUUUGCUGCAGCAGACACAGCCGUCAAAUCUUACAUGUGUAGCCAAAGUUUGCUUAGUCGUCUUUUUCAGAUGUUCAAUAAGAUAGAACCCCCCAUUCUUUUGAAGGUACAGCAAAAGCUGUUGAAAUGUAUAAAUCAUCUGUCAACCGAUCCACAUUGCUUGGAACAUCUUCAGCGAGCAGAUGCUCUCAAAUAUUUGAUUCCCAACCUUGAUCUCAAAGAUGGUUCCCUUGUCUCACAAAUCCAUCACGAGAGGAAUUGGAACUUUUUUAUUGUCUAUUAUUGGGGUUCUGGUGCACUCUACUUGAGUAGUUCCAACCUUACCUCUCAUGAGACUUUGCCUCACUUGUUUCCUUUGCUGAAGGUCCUUAAUGCACUAUUCAACCUGUGUAAGAUUAACAAGAGGAGACAGGAGCAAGCCGCAGAAAAUGGGAUUAUUCCCCACUUAAUGCAUUUUAUCAUGUCAGAUUCACCUUUGAAGCAGUAUGCAUUACCGCUGCUAUGUGAUAUGGCACAUGCAUCACGAAAUUCAAGAGAGCAAUUACGAGCUCAUGGUGGGCUUGAUGUUUACCUCAGCCUUCUUGAAGAUGAACUCUGGUCUGUGACAGCAUUGGAUUCUAUUGCUGUAUGCCUGGCCCAUGACAAUGAAAACAGGAAAGUGGAACAAGCUUUGCUAAAAAAGGAUGCCGUACAGAAACUAGUUAAGUUCUUCCAGUUCUGUCCGGAACAACAUUUCUUGCACAUUCUGGAACCAUUCUUGAAGAUAAUCACGAAAUCAUCUCGGAUAAAUACUACCCUUGCUGUUAAUGGUUUGACCCCACUGCUUAUCUCAAGACUUGAUCACCCAGAUGCAAUAGCUCGGCUGAAUUUGCUUAAAUUAAUAAAGGUUGUUUAUGAGCACCACCCUCGUCCGAAGCAACUGAUUGUGGAGAAUGAUUUGCCGCAAAAGCUUCAGAAUUUGAUAGAGGAGAGAAGAGAAGGGCAGAGCUCAGGAGGCCAAGUUCUGGUCAAACAAAUGGCCACCUCACUCCUCAAGGCACUCCACAUCAACACUGUUUUGUAAAAUACCUCCAUUAUUUGUUCUCUGUGUUGUACAUGUCCACGCCAUUUUAAAGCUUCACUGCCUUCAUUCCUAUAAUCCCUCUUGUUUGUGAUGUGUGCUUUUUUUGUCCGCUAAUAGUGUAUUUCGGUCAUUUUGUUGAUAAGAGUUUAAUAAUGAACUACUCGAUUGUUGUAUUUAACCAAGUGUUCGGUGAACUGUUACCUGUUACGAACUUAACUCGUUUACAGCUUACGAACUUAACUCGUUUACAGUUUAUAGAAAUAAGAAGUUAAAGAAAGAAUUGUGAUUUUAUUAGA